AUUUCAAGAGUUAUUUCCCUUGCUAUCGUUCUUUUAACAUUGUUGACAUUUUACCUUAGAAACCAUCACAUCCGGUCAAAUUUGUUGCAAUUUUUAACACCAGUAUUUCCACUAAUAACAUACAACAAUGAGUAUCUUGAACCAAGGCAGAAAUGAAAUAAGAUUUAAUAAUGCGGAUGGAAAAUGCUUACUUGAGAACUGGGUUGAGGAGAGGUCAGUUAAUCCUUAUGAUUGUGUCGAAGAAGAUGUUAAGGUCACAAGUAGUGCUGAAAGAUUUAAAGAUGGUCAUAUAGGAAUACUUACAACAGAGUUAGAAGCCCCUGCAUCAAAACUCACAACAGUCAGAGAAUCAUAUAAAAAACCAGAACCUUGUGGAGUUCGAUUGAUGGGUAAAAAAGAACAAAUGAUGAGAGAAAUGUUUUUUGAAAAAGUUGGGAGAGAAGUUUUCAAUGAAGAAUUAGAAGCAUCACAACCAGAACCAACAGACUUUAGAUCAGUUACAAAUAAAGAUUUCAAUAUUGAAGGUUUUAAAUCGGUACGACCUCAGCCAACAAAGAAUCACAAUUACAAGAAAGAUCAGCCUGUCACAUAUUGGUCAGAACACAAGAAAAAUGUACAUGGUGUUAGCUCAGAAAAAACAGGCGACACACCAUUCAGGAAAAAUGAUGCCUUCAGCAAACCCAUAGGAGAAUACUGGGAUGAAACACAGCCUUAUGAACUGGAAAACUAUCCUAAAAUGUGAACAUUUAUACAUUGGAUAUUGAACAUUUAUAUGACACAAUUAUGAAACUAUUGGUGAAACAAUUGAAAGUUAAGACUAAGGUGCAAGCAUUGUCAACUGCCAUGUAAUAACUGUUUAUUUAACAGUCAAAUAAAUUUUAUAAAAUAAGUUUGAAAACACUUUAAAUGAGUUACCCUGUGCAGUUUACAUACAGUAAAUGAAUAUUUUUUUUAUUGCACUGAGUAUUUAUUGGUUUUUCUCCAAUAUCAAUUUUCAAUGCAUUAUGUUCUGUGAUAUAUAUUUUAUUAUCAAUACAGUUUAAGGGUAACUUAUUUCCAACAUUUUAAAGUUCUUGAAAAUGGGGGGAGAUCAGUAUAUAAAAAAAUGUUUUAAUUUUUCAGCGUUUACUCUUAACUUAUUCUUACAUUGCUCUCUUUAUUA